GGCCAGACUCAUAUCAGUACAGAGUAAAGAAGAAAAGGUUGCGAUUUUUCUGUUUCUCUUGACAUAGAAUCAAGGCCUAACUUUGUUUAGAUCUAUUCGUGGCUAAUGGUGGCUUCCACUGAAAAGGUCUUGUUUAUUUUAUGCAGGAUAGAUCUCAGGCACUUUGAAGUAUUCGAUUUGGAGUGAAGACACGGGAAUGCAAACUGCUUGUUUAUUUGCGCACCAAAUAAGUUUUAGGGAUAUUGCCAGCCAUUGUGUUCAAAGAGGAAAUAUCAAUGGAUUUGUAAAUUGCCAAAGACACAGUAGAUGAUGAAAGACGCUAUGGCGGUGCCACCCCCAAAACAGAAAAUGUAUGACUCGAGGUUCUCACGGGUGGUGUCAAAAGACAAGGAGCCGCCUGCCCUGAGCGUGAAGCUAGAUGUGUUUUAUAUGAAGUUGAAAAGGCAGAUACUUCAAUACCAGAGCCCAACCUUUGCCCUGUUUCCGUCAAUAGGGUCUGAGCUAAACACCAACAGAAUCGCUCACGUCAGAGACACAAUCUAUUGUGCGGUUGCUGUGUGGUCUCUUUCUCAAGCUUACAAGAAGAUUGACGAUGACCAGGGACGAGCUCAUGAGCUGGGGCAAGCGGCAGUGAAAAGCAUGAGAGGUGUGCUACACUGCUGGAUCAGACAGGCUGACAAGGUCGAGAAGUUCAAGUCUAACCAGAGCCCUCUGUACGCGCUGCAUUCAACUUUUGACAUGCUGACGGGCGACCCGACCUACCGCGAUGACGAGUACGAGCACCUACAGAUUGACACUGUGGCCUUGUUCCUUCUCUUCAUGAGCCAGAUGAUCUCCUCCAACCUGCAGGUGAUUUAUUCUACGGACGAAGUGAAUUUUGUUCAAAACUUGGUGUUCUAUGUGGAGAGGGCAUAUCGAACUCCAGACUAUGGCAUGUGGGAGAGAGGAAGUAAAUACAACAAUGGAAGCACAGAAAUCCACGCAAGUUCUAUCGGGAUGGCCAAAGCUGCCCUGGAGGCGGUCAACGGGUGUAACCUGUUCGGAGAACAUGGUGCCGCCUGGUCUGUCAUCUUUGUGGACAUCGACGCUCACAACAGGAACAGAACCAUCUUCGAGACGAUCUUACCUCGGGAAUCCAAUUCCAAAAACACAGACGCGUCUCUGCUGCCCACGGUGGGCUGGCCUGCGUUUGCCAUCCACGAGGAGCCCAUCAGAAAGCGGACGGUGGAGAAAGUGACGCGCAAGCUCAAAGGGAACUGGGGGAUCAAGCGCUUUCUCCGUGAUGGCUACAAGACCGUGGCCGAGGACAAGACGAGGAAGUAUUACAAACCUGCAGAGAUUAAGAAUUUUGAUGGGAUUGAAUCUGAGUGGCCGAUGUUCUUUGUGUAUCUGCUAAUAGACAGUAUUUUCCGCAAUGACAAAGAAGAUCAGAAGUACUACAGUGAAAAAAUUGACAAAGUUCUCUAUGACUCAACAGAUGGUAAGCUGCUGCCCAUGUACUACUACGUGGCCAAGUCCCAGGUGGAGAAGGAGAAGCAGUCGCCGGGCAGCCAGGAGAAGCAAGCGUCUGCUGAGGGCACCACCGCCGGCGUCUUCAUGUGGGGACAGAGCUUGCUCUUUAUCAGCCGCUUGCUCACGGAGGGGCUGCUGGGUAUCAACGACCUGGACUGCAUCAGACGCCAUCUGCCAGCCACAGAGCGACCCACUUUCAGCGCCCGCUACUCCAAGUUUCAGCCGAAAUUUUUUGCGAGAAGGAUAUUGAAAAAGGGCUCGGCUCCUGAUCUGGUGAUCCAGAUUGUGCUGAUCUCGGAGACGCCGCGUUUGCAGCAGCUGCUGGGAACCUAUGGCAUUGAGACGCAGACACCACACCAGAUCGAGCCCAUCCAGAUCUGGUCGCCCAAGGAGCUGACCAAAGCCUACGAGUACCUGGGCAUCAACAAAAAACUGGGGAUUACAGGCAGGCCGGGCCGCCCUUUUGGCGUGCUCAGUACCUCCAAGAUUUUCCGUGCGUGUGGCAAAACUGUCUUGUGUUAUCCUCUACUGUUUGAACUGAGUGACUUCUACUUGGCUCAAGACAUCAAGCUGGUCAUGGAUGACUGUAAGAAUGACCUGGCUUUCCUGGCCAAGUGCUGGAAACUGUCCGGGCGACCCACGUGGUGCAUGGUCAUCCGAGAAAACGCCAUCAGGGGACAGAACUUCACAGAGUUUCUCGAGCUCUUGUCGCAGUUCAAGAAGGGCGACGUGGAUGGCAUCAGAGUCCGACUGGGCCGUCUGCAGUCCUUCAUCUCCUCGGCCGCUGUGGAGCAUCUGGACUUCCUGAACCUGCUCCCAGACCCGGAUAUCUUCACGCCGUUUGAGGAGAAGUCAAUGAAGGCCAGCUUCAAGUCGCUCACUGAAAUUCCGCAGCUCAUAGCUUUGGAGGAGGAAUCUUUCAUCAACGAAACGAACCUGAGGACAAAGACGAGCCAAGAGCUGGUCUCUUACCUCAUGUCUGUGUCCGGGCUCAACGCUCAAGUGACCUUGCUGAAGCUUCUGUAUGAGAGAGAGGGCCCGUUCUAUUCCAUAGAUGGCAGCACAAUCAGUGAGCGGCUGGAGCGGCUGAUUGACCGUGCUGGGGCCUACAAGAACUGGUGGGCAGUGCGCAUGUGCUCCGCUCUGAUGGGCAAGCUGGUGGACUCGCUGGCACCCUCCAUCACCACCAUGUUGGUCCGAGGAAAGCAGAUCACGGUGGGUGUGUUUGGGCACGAGGAGGAAGUCCUGGACAAACCCAUCAGCCCCAACGAGCUCAAGAACAUCCUGUACUCCAAGUGCCUCCCCUAUGAUGUCUGCCAGGCCGUCCUACAGCAGGAGCUCAUUCUCUCCAUCGGGAAACUCAUCGCCACAUCACCUGAGCUGUUUGACGGAAUUCUCAAGAUUAGGAUCGGGUGGUUUGUGCGGGCCAUGCAGGUGGAGCUGGAGAUGGAGCAACAGGACGAGGAGAACCGCCGCGAGCUCAGCGCCCUCUCCCCGCACCAGGUCAAGCGCAUGGUCUGGUCCGUGCUCACCAAGAACUACCUGGAGGCUGACCUCAGAACACCAUUCCAGAAGAGGCAGCUGGACGGAGCGCUGAACCGAGUGCCCAAAGAUUUCUACGACAAAGUCUGGGAGAUACUGGAGAAGACACCAGGGGGAAUCAAAGUGUUGGGAUACUUGUUGCCACAGCAACCGACCCAGUCGGACAUGACAAUGUACGAGCUCAACUUCUCGCUGCUGGUGGAGCAGAUGCUCAGCAAGAUCGCCGACCCGUCGUACCGUCAGCUCAUGGUGGAAGCUUUUAUGGUUGUGUCCACAAUACUGGAGAGAAACCCGGAGCUCAUGUUCCACCAGUCGGCGAACAUGGAUAAGAUUAUUCAAGAAGCGUACGAAGAUUUCCAGCAAGAUCUCAACCGCAUGGAAGGGCGGGAGAAACAGGACGACAUGCAUCGGUUUUUCAACACUCCCCCGAAUGUGCGCUACGGCACCACGGCCUACAUCGCUAAAGCUGUGAUAAAAAACCUGCUGGACGGGGACUUGAGGGUUGUGUCGGAGGAUCUGUGCACCAUUGCUUGAUUCUGUCUUGAUCUGUGCACCAUUGCUUGAUUCUGUCUUGAUCUGUGCACCAUUGCUUGAUUCUGUCUUGAUGUGUGUACCGUCGUUUGAGUCUGUGGUGAUGUGUGUACCGUCGUUUGAGUCUGUGGUGAUGUGUGUACCCUCAUUUGAUUCUGUGAUGACGGGUGCACCACUUUCACUUGAUUCUGUGGUGAUGGGUGCACCAUCGCUUCAGUCUGUGGUGAUGGGUGCACUGUCGUUUCAGUCUGUGGUGAUGUGUGUGUGUGUUGUAGAUAGCUUCUUCGUAAACUUUGCUUUGUCUAUUAACCCAUGCUCGCUUAAAACGAAUCUAGACCGGACAUUUUCCGUGCGAGCAGAAUGGACAAAAUGUGCGGUUUUCAAUGACUAAAGUUUGUGGGUGUGAAAUUUGUUGGUUCCCUCAAUGAAUGUGCCACACAGUUGUGUUUUAUGAGGGAAGCCUAUCACUGGCAAGCUGUUUAAAAGUUUUAAGCCCAGAUAGCAACAUUUGUUAGGAGAAAGAAAAAGCUGUUGUAUCUACAUCAUGUAUUUUGUUUAGCUUUUUUCUCCAACAUUUAUAAUAAAAUUUGGAUUUCAACAAAAUGUUUCUUGAGCAAAUGUAACCAAUACCACAGAUUGAGAAGCUGCAGUGAAAAAAAAAAUCAAAAUUUUUUGCUUCGUACAUGUGAGCAGCUUGCUGAGGGUAUGUGAGAGGAGGCAAUGUGACACAAAGGGUUAACUGUGAGAUGAGGCAAUGUGAUGGAGAAGGGUUAACAGUGUUUGAGUGUGGUGUGGGUGACCUUUUCCUCCCAGGCAGAUGGAGGUCUGGGGAUACCAGUCCACACAACAUUUUGGUCAUCCUUUGUCUGACUGAGUGGCUGAUCAGAUUACUUCAGGUUUUUUUUAACAGAACUAUGAGCAAUAAAUAAUGAGGUUGUUCUGCAAUUAAUUGUACUGUUUGCCUCAUGGAAGACUAGACUUGUUUUUUAGUUUGUUCAAAUAGUAGGAUGAUGAACUGGUCUAUUGGUACAUUUGUCUAUAGGUGCUGUAUUGUCUCUCUAUACAUCGUCUGUUUGACGGAGACAAAGCUUGUCAUGCAGAAAAAGUAGCUUGAGAAUGUUGGGAGUUUUUUGUUUGUGAUGUCCUGUCCCCUACAUGAAACCUUUGUGUUGUCAUUUAUUGUCUGUGUAUGCUUAUGGUGUGUGUGUUUGUUUGUAGGUGUGUUAAUUUGUGUUUGUGUAUGUUUCUGGGGGGUGUAAUUUGUGUGUAUAAUGUGUGUAUGUGAGUGUGUGAGUGUGAAAGUGUGUGUCUUUGCAGCCGCACCAACAAUAGUCCUAUAUCACUGGCGGCAGACGUAGAGGCCGUGGGUCUGACUCGGUCCAGUGAGUGAUUGUGUGACAGGCGAAAAGAUCACGUGUUGGGGGUUUGGCAUCAGCAGCUUUAAUUUCUAAAUUCAGGAUCAUUUUCUGAAAGUGUUUGAUGAAACCUGACUUUUUGCUGUGGUUGUUUGUUUUUGGGGAGGGUUUUUUCACCUUGUAACUUGUAGUGCUACUUCAAACAGGUCGUGCUGUUGCGAAGAAGAAAUAGCCCAGUAUCCCGGAUGUGGUUCUUCAAGCAUUUUUCUCUCCCUUAUAAUUAUAUCACUGACAUCACACACAGUAUGUGUCACUUCAAAAGUGAUAACAUACCUUUUUUUUAAAGCUCAUUGACAUGUUUCCACCACAAUGAAUCUUUCACUUCUCUGAAGCACUUUGAUUUAGGACGUCUAUGAUUUAACAUGUGUCUUCAAUAGAACUUGAGAUAUUUACGUUGGAAAGAGAGAGUUUGGUGGAGGGGGGGCUGCCUAGUUUCAGAGGCAAAAUUAGUGAGAUAAUGGCUUCCAAAGUUUGGUGACUUCCGUAGCUUGAGAAUCCUUGGAAACUGAAAAAAAAGUUUUGUGCCUUUAAUCAAGAUGUUCCAGUAAAAUCCACCCAGAAUUGUGUUUUUGAAUGGACAUAAAAAUGUUGAGCCCAAAAUACAAAUUUGGAUUUAAAAAAAAGGUUUUCCCCAAGGUUUUUUGUUGCUUCUGUGGAUAAAGAUAAAAUGAGAUUUUCAAAGCAGACAGUUGAGACAGUUGUGAAGUCUAAGAUGUCGUUUAUCCAAGGUUGAGGUGGUUCGGAGCUUUUGUACCAUGCAAAAAUGUCACCAUCUGCCUCAGUUUCACACACACCCCCCCCUCGUCAUCUGUCCGCAAGCCGUGCUCUGCUCUCCCUGUACCGGUGCCCUACAUGGUGGGCAAACCAUUACUUGUUGUUGCUUUUACUUUUCUAAUGUUGAUCACGAGUGAUAAUUUACUGUUGUAGAUUUUUUUUUCUUUCAGGACAUAAUUUUUAGUACAGUGCAGCCUCUCUAUAAAGACCUUCGAUAUAACAACAUCCUCUGAGCGACAUGGUGAUCAGGUCCCGAUUUUUUCUUUAUAUAUCGUUACUAAUUUUUCGUUCCCUUUCUAUUUAACUAUUAUGUCAACUCUCUAUAACUAUAGCAACAUUUUUUUCUGGUCCCGACUAUGUCGUUAUAUAGAGGCUGCACUGUACAUUGUAAUUGUAUGUGUAGAGAAGACAUAAUUUCUGUUGUUACUAAUGUUACUCUGGUACGUUCAGAACAAAAGCACAAAAAAAAGGAAAUAAAAGCAAGAUUUGGUAGUCCAGCUUUUACACAUGGAGACUGUUUGUGUUUGGUCACAGUCAGUAGAUGGCGGGGUUAAGCUUUGGCCCUACCACGUGUUUUUGUUCAUGAUUGGCAAACUUCCCACAGCAUUGUCUCCACAAAACUGUGUCUACUUAGUAUGCCAGUAAAUGAGGCAUCACCUCAUUUAUUAUUACAAGCUUGCCAGCACUUUCGAAACCCAAACAGGGACACCCAAUGUUAGAGCUUCAGAUUGCGUAACGAUGAACAAACUGACAUCGAGUGAGACUGGGUUUUGGUGUAGUGUAUGUGAUAAGGUUAUAAUGUCCUCUCAAAUUCCCGAUUGCCAAAUUUGGGACAGUCCUGAGGAAAUCCGAGUCAAUUGGCGAGUGUGUUGUUGGUCAAGAGUUCCGUAGCAGGUUUUUUUCUUCUGUCACAACUGUUAAUAAAUUCUUCAGUCAAAAGUCAGGGUUUUCAUGAGCAGUUCAUCUUGAUACUUUACGGCAAAUAUGCCAAACUGCAUAAUACUUUGUAUUAUCUUUUCAAAAAAUAUUUGUCCUUGACAAAGUGUUUUUCUACCAAAAAAUUUGUUCUUAAUUCUUUGCUGCAUCUACUACCAUUUGCGUGAAUAAUGGAACAUGUUUUUUUUUUUAAGCUUCCUACACUAAUCAACGACCUUUUUCGUCAUGUGCUUUGUAUAUAUGUGGACGAUAUCUACAGCAUUAUAUUCAGAAGCGGUGCCAUAAAGAAGAAAGUAAGUUUGUGUGGACAAUCUGAGAGCAGCAGUGAGGUCACAAUCUUUUGUUUUCCUCAAAUAAACUGUCUGAGUUUUCUCCCCCAUUAGGCUACAUUGUUGAACAAGAUUUGCGAGACAUAAUUCCUGGUGUGUGCUCAGUUGCUGUCUGUGUGGACAAGUCAGCUGGUCUGUUGUGUAGUGGGAUGUACGUGGAUGUCGAACGUUUAUUUGAAAGUUUGACAAGUGGAGAUUCUGGAAUGAAAAGGUUCCUCUCGGAAUGUUUGUUUUCAAUUGUUCGGAGUUGGAGGGGCGUGGAGCCUUGGCCUGUACUCUCCUUGUAUCGUAUGUGGUGAAAAAGUGACAGCUCCUUGUCCAUUAUUUUCUGAGAUAACACCAUGAUAAUUUUGUUCUUCAUUUGAGGGGGAUAGAGUGUGAGAAAAUGUUAGCCUCAAAUAUAUACAGUAUAUCAACAAUGAGUGUAAACUGAGUUGGAUAGAGAGUGUGAGAAAAUGUUGAGUCUGAGAGUGAGGUGUGUAGUGUGUGCUAAGAGUAGGCAGUUUAGUGAACGCGCUCGUGGCAGGGCGAAUCGGCCGCGGUACGCCCCGUAGAUUUUUGUGACCGGCCGUGAAGCCUCGUGAAGUUAGAAUAAACAGGCGGGGGAAAGUGGGUAGUGGUAGUUUGUACAGGUGAUUGUUUUAGUCAGGAGGCGGUUAGAGCAGGUUCGACUGUUAUGUAGUCAAAAUAUCUCUGUGAUGAAUUCUGGAUGUGAUCUUCUGCGUGUAGCUUUCUCAAGGGUUAAAAAUAUUUUUAUCCAGCAUGUGGAAACUAGGUUUCUACUGUGAUGAUGUAAUCUUGCUGGAGUUUUUUUUUGUUUGUCAGCUGAUGUCUCAUUGUGUCUCAUUACAUGCAUGUUUACAAGAGUGUCAUUACCCCCUCUUGCCAAUUGAUCUUUUCUCAUAUAUAGUAGUAGUUUUUCCACAUGCAUAUAUUCAACUAUAAAACAUGUAUAUGGUCUCGGCACACAUCAUUUCUCAGUCACUGAUAACAUCUCGUAAUACUGAACAGGAAAAUAGAAAAAUGUGAUAAAACGUGCAAUAUGGCAACGAGACUUGGUCUGAUCGUCAUCAGAGGUACUAGCUCCGAGACCUCUUACUCAAGAAUGAAAGGUUAUUAUAAUUGUUGAAUGUGUCACGACAUGGUGGAAUCAGGAGCUCGUCAAUUAUUUGGCAUUUCUAGUUAAAGCUUGUUCAUUUGUUUUACUUUUGAUGAAUACAAUAUCCAUAGACUAACUAGAAUAGAAGUUGAGAUAUUUGUGACUGAAGGAGAUCGUGGUUGUAUAGUGUCAAUAGGUAAAAAUAGCAAGAAAAUGGCUGCCAAAGUCUGGUGAAUUCCAAAACUUGAGUGUCCUUGGAUACUGAAAAUUUACAUUAUUUUGUGCCUUUUACUUUGAUCAAAUGCCGAAAUAUGUUUUAAAUGGAAAAUAAAAGGUGUUUAACUUUUAAAAAAUAAAGAUAAUAUUGCUCUGUGGGCAGAAAAAUGUCGGUUUCUUCAUCAGUUCUCAUUAUUUUGGCGAGCGCUUGAUUUCACUGCAAUGUCACACCGUUGAUUUACCGCAAUGACACGCUACUGAAUGUAUCAAUGUAUAGCUCUGACAUAUCUAGUCUGUGAGAGUAAAAGAUUCAAGUGUGAGCUCAUUAUAAAUGUUCUCCCCCUAUAAAUUUGAAGAACAGUGCAGCUUUCCUCUCCCUUUCCUUUUAUUAAUUUUGUACUGUUUUCUUCUAUGCAUCAUGUUACACCCAAGCCCCCAUCCCCACAUUUGUAGAUUGUUUAUAGUAACAACAUAUUAAAUUGUUGCUGUCACAAGGAAAUGUUGAACUCGGCUUCACUUGACGAGUCAUGAACAUUUCUGAGUUCCUCAUUUUCUUGUGGCAGUUGUGAUGUACGAAGAUUGUACGUACCUAGCCUGAUGAAUGCUGUGAAUAAACCACUUGUUCGUACACUUGA